CAGCCUCUGGUAAGUGAAUGCACUGCAGACAGUGGGAUGAAAUGCCCAAUGUGCUCAGAUUAUAUUGGGUAUAGUUUUUCUGUCUAAUCUGCAUAUAUUUUUAAUGGAAUGUUUGCUUAGGCUAUUUCUUGGCAGAGUUUUAAUAGUCAAACUAUAAAUGGCAUCAUUUAAAGACUGUACUACUUGGCCGGAAAAGGCAUUAAAAUUAUAGGAGAAAAUGCUUGGUGACAGCAUCUCUUACAUUUCUUCUCCCCUCAAAUGUGUGCUCAUUUUUGUCAUAGCACCACUAGGUUUAUUUUGUCAUUCUGUGUGUAAGCUUUCACUUUUGCACUUAGGUUCUUCUGCAAUUUAAUGCUGGAAGUUUAAUUUGCCCCAAUAUUUUUGCAUUUCUAAAUUUACACAAACUGUUCAGAUUUACUCAUUUUAAAAAAUGUAACAGUCCAUACUCCUUUCUGUAUUAACUAACUUACUAGGAUUUUUAGGAUGUCCACUAUUUGGAAAUUUAAUCUUUGAUUUGAUACUCAGUUACAUGAAGCUUCACUCCUACCAACUUCCUGUAAUUCUAUACCUUUGGGUAAAAAUAUUAGUGGUCAGACUCUGCUGGAGAAAGUAUAGGCACUGAGACUCCCUCUUGGAGUUAAAUGUUCAUUUAGUAGCACUGGUGUGAAAAAAUCCUGUUUCCACUUGAAAUGCUGGAAGGCUGUUGUUCUUGUGUUACUCAUUCAUGCAAAUUGGAGAAGGUAUAAUUGAAACAAGGUUGGCUGUGUUCUAGUCAGUGUGCUGCUGCGCCCAGCUCAAAGGUCGCUGGCAGUCAAGUGCCGUGUGUGUGAAGACGUUUGGACUACGAGCGAUUCAAGACAUUUGGGGAAUGUCCAUCCAAGAGUGGGUCAUCGUUCUCAUUUUAUGAUAUAUAGUAUCUAAUGUUUUAAGCAGGAUAAAGGCCACGGCUUGAGAGCUCUGUCAGGCACCACGAAUGGCUGCUGCUUUCACUGCAGCGCAGCUGCUUCGAGCCUGUCUGCGGACGGAGAUAUUUGUUUUGACUUUCAGCCCUUGACAUGUUUGGAAAUGAGAACAAAUGGCACAAAGCUUACGAUUGCACUUUGCAGCCCGAAGGAGCAAUACUUACCCUUUGUCAGAAAGCUCCGGAGAUGACCUGGAUAGCCGGCUUCACGUAUGCUUCCAAAGAUCAGCGCAGAUUUCCUCAGCUAACGUUGUUCACAUGAAGCUGACUCCCAGACAGACUGCUCUGACUCCACUGAUAAAGGAGAGUGUGAAGGCUCGGGAAGGAGCCUGUGUUCCUUCGCCCGAGAACGCCAGUAAGAAGAGCAGCUGCCUCCAGAUUUCUCUGCAGCCCACAAGGUACAGUGGGUGUCUUCAGCCUGGCAGUGUCUUAGCAGAUGGUGAUGAAGCCUUGUUUCCUUGUGCCGUGAAGGAUGGCAUUCACAGCAGUGCUGGGAGCAAUGGUAGUGCUGUCAGCAGUGGAAGCCUUGGUAGCUUUGUGGCCAGUGAUCACGGGUCCUAUAGUAGCGUCGGAAGUGAUUAUGGGUCGUGUGCAAGUAUUGCCAGUGGGGGCUCCUGCACCAGCAGUGUCAUCAGUGACAGUAGUGGUUACACUUUUUCACCAAGCCAUGACACUUUUUUUGGUGGAAAUUUAUCUGCUGACAGCACCUCUGACAGAAAUGUGCCAGACAGGAAUGCCACUCCCUGUGAGAGUUUUUCAAGAAGUCCGAGCACGGAUCCUGUUAUCCAGGCUGACUUGGAGCAUGGAAUCAAGACUGUGAAGUUUCCAGUUAACAGGAAUGCAAAAAUUCCACUGAAACGUUGCUCUUCCUUAGUCAUUUUUCCUCGGAGUCCCUCAAACACGCCGCCAGCUUCUCCAGCAGGUUCAGGUGUUCUCCCGAGCAAGGGGUCCUACCAGACCUCACAUCAGUUCAUCAUUUCUCCUAGUGAAGUCGCACGUCGUGAAGAUGGUUCUGGUGUGAAGGGAUUUCUUUCGACUGCUGUCAGUGGACUUCGAUUAUCUAAAACAGCCUGCACUCUGGGAGAAGUUAGAGAUACACGAGCACUUCUUGCAGGCUCAUCCACGAAGAGAGCUUCAAAUGAGAGUCCGAAGCAGCCUGUUGAUGAAAAGCCAUCUGCAGGGUAUUCGUGUGUUGCAGUGCGUUUUGCCCAGCAGAAAGCAGCUGCGUUGGCUUGUGAAACAACAAGUGGUGAUUGUAAGCUGGAGAGGUCAGGAACUCAGCUGCGUUCUGGUGCCGAGGGGACCCAGCGCAGGCACGGGACCUCUGCGACUUUAUCAUCCACCCGACACGUGGAUUCCCAAGUAACACGCAGUGCGGAAUUGGCAAAGUCACAUUCACAGAUAAACAAAAACCACACUGUCCUCCAAAGAAGCACUUCACUGGGAGGAGCUCACCCAAAUAUUUCCUGUUCAUCCAGCCUUGAGCACAGUUUCUCUAAGGGGGGGCCAUCGCAGCUACUCGUAAAGUUUUCAUCUGGAAAUGAAGGUGAAGUUGACAAUUUACUGAGAGACAGCAUCAGCAAUAUUACAAAUGGACUAUCUAAUUCUUACAAGACAAGAGAUGAUUUCCUAGGUCAAGUGGAUGUUCCUCUUUAUCCGUUACCGACAGAGAACCCAAGACUGGAGAGACCAUAUACAUUUAAGGAUUUUGUUCUUCACCCGAGAAGUCACAAAUCAAGAGUAAAAGGUUAUCUGAGAUUAAAAAUGACUUAUUUGCCUAAAACCAGUGGCUCAGAAGAUGAUAACGCGGAACAGGCUGAGGAACUAGAGCCUGGCUGGGUGGUUUUGGACCAACCGGAUGCUGCUUCCCAUCUGCAGCAGCAACAGGAGCCAUCGCCCCUCCCUCCAGGGUGGGAGGAGAGGCAGGAUCUCCUUGGGAGGACCUACUAUGUGAACCACGGGUCUCGGAGGACACAGUGGAAAAGGCCAACCCCCCAGGACGACCUCACGGACGCUGACAGUGCUGACAUUCAGCUGCAAGCACAGCGAGCCUUUACCACCAGGCGACAGAUAUCCGAGGAAGCAGAAAGCAGUGACAUCCAGGAGUCCUCCGAGAACUGGGAGAUUGUAGGAGAGGACGAAGCCACCGCUGUGCCCGGCGCGCGGGCCCUCCUGCCACCACCCCCAGCAGGGCCCCUUGGUGUUCAGCCUCAUCUUGCCGAAGAGCCGAGCUCCAGGCUCGCUGCUCGUGGAAGGCCAGCCGCCAGCCAGGCAGCGUCCAGCUCAAAUCAUUCCGGCAGAAGAGGCAGCUUGCAAGCCUAUUAUACUUAUGAGGAGCAGCCAGCACUUCCUGUGCUUUUGCCUACUUCAUCUGGAUUGCCACCAGGUUGGGAAGAAAAGCAAGAUGAAAGAGGAAGAUCCUAUUACGUAGAUCACAACUCCAGAAGUACGACCUGGGCGAAGCCCACGGUGCAGGCCACCUGGGAAGCCAGCCUGACACCCUCCAGCCAGGGCUCCGCUGGCCUGCAACCCCCUGAGAGUGACGCAGCCCCGCCUGUGACCCAGCCCCCAGAAAUCCAGCAGGGACGCCUUCCCAAAGGCUGGGAAGUCCGACAUGCACCAAAUGGGAGGCCUUUCUACAUUGACCACAACACCAAGACCACCACCUGGGAAGAUCCAAGAUUGAAAAUUCCAGCUCAGCUCAGAGGAAAGGCACCACUCGAAUCUGCCAGUGACCUGGGGCCUUUGCCUCCAGGAUGGGAAGAGAGAACUCACACGGAUGGAAGAGUCUUCUACAUAAAUCAUAAUAUAAAAAGAACACAGUGGGAAGAUCCUCGGCUGCAGAAUGUAGCGAUAACUGGACCAGCAGUGCCCUACUCCAGGGAUUACAAAAGAAAGUAUGAAUUCUUCCGAAGGAAGCUGAAGAAGCAGAACGACAUUCCAAGCAAAUUUGAAAUGAAACUCCGCCGAACAACUGUGCUGGAGGACUCUUAUCGGAGGAUCAUGGGUGUGAAGAGAGCCGACUUCCUCAAGGCUCGGCUCUGGAUUGAGUUCGACGGCGAGAAAGGGUUGGAUUAUGGAGGGGUAGCCCGGGAGUGGUUCUUCUUGAUCUCCAAGGAAAUGUUUAACCCUUAUUAUGGGUUGUUUGAAUAUUCUGCUACGGAUAAUUACACCCUCCAGAUAAAUGCGAACUCCGGGUUGUGUAAUGAAGACCAUCUAUCUUACUUCAAGUUUAUCGGCAGGGUGGCGGGGAUGGCAGUUUAUCAUGGCAAACUAUUGGAUGGUUUUUUCAUCCGCCCGUUUUACAAGAUGAUGCUACACAAGCCAAUAAUGCUCCAUGACAUGGAGUCCGUGGAUAGUGAAUAUUAUAAUUCACUGAGAUGGAUUCUUGAAAAUGACCCAACAGAAUUGGACCUCAGGUUUAUCAUAGAUGAAGAACUUUUUGGACAGACACACCAACAUGAGCUGAAAAAUGGUGGCUCAGAAAUUGUUGUCACCAAUAAGAACAAAAAGGAAUAUAUUUACCUUGUAAUACAAUGGAGGUUUGUCAACCGAGUCCAGAAGCAAAUGGCUGCUUUUAAAGAGGGAUUUUUUGAAUUAAUACCACAAGAUCUCAUCAAAAUUUUUGAUGAAAAUGAACUAGAGCUUCUCAUGUGCGGGCUGGGAGAUGUGGAUGUGAUCGACUGGCGGGAACACACCAAGUACAAGAAUGGCUACAGCGCAAGUCACCCCGUGGUGCAGUGGUUCUGGAAGGCUGUUUUAAUGAUGGAUUCAGAAAAAAGAACACGAUUACUUCAGUUUGUCACUGGCACGUCCCGUGUGCCAAUGAAUGGGUUUGCUGAACUGUAUGGCUCCAGCGGACCACAGCCUUUCACGGUGGAGCAGUGGGGCGCCCCGGAGAAGCUGCCCAGGGCUCACACCUGCUUCAAUCGCUUGGACUUGCCACCCUAUGAAUCGUUUGAGGAAUUAUGGGAUAAACUUCAGAUGGCAAUUGAAAACACUCAGGGUUUCGAUGGAGUUGAUUAGAUUACAAAUAACAAUCAAGGGUGUUUUGCUGCCACAGUUUUAUAAACAAAAUUGUGUCUUAAACUUUACAGGGAACUACUAAAACUCAGCCACUGAUUCUUCACAGAUAUUGGAGAAAAUUGUUAAAACAUUAGAAGAAAUUGUAUGACAGUCAUUAGUUCAGUAGCUUUUAAGUCAUAUGCAUUUGCACAGUUACUUCCCCCUCUCUAGAGUUUGCUCUCUUAACACCUGAGUCCAGGUGCCUGAAGUGGUGGGUUUUGUCCUUAACGUUUACCUCUUAAGAGUAUUUGCAGGCAGGUCUUCCUUAAACUACUGAAAUUAUAACUGUGAAAUAUCUGUGAUAAAUGUUGCGUGAAAAAUUUGAUGCUUUUUGGAAAAAGUACUUUAAUCAUGAGUAAACUACAGUGUACUUAGUGCUACUUGCAGCUAUUUAUUGUUUUAUACAACUUGCCUAAUGCACCUUACCCUGGAGUUUUGGAAAAACCUUGGAGACUGUAUCACCUAUAAUUUUAGUCAGUUGACUUGCAGAAAACUUGCUCACUUCUUCACCUUACAAGUAUUAGGCUUUCAUUAAUAUGAUGCUUUCCUGAACACGGUGGCUCCUGAGAUGUGGGCACGGCCACACGGAGGACGCGCCGGGUUGGUGCAGCCUCUCCUCCUGUGCUCCGUGUGGGGUGCGGCUCUCCUUCAGGCGCUCAGGUCCACCGGAGCAGCGCCUCUGCGCCUAGCAGAGCAGGCCGGGGUUCAGAGCUUGCCUUUGCUUGUCCCUCCUUAAAGCCACAUGCUGUGUAGUGAGUUCAUGUUUACAGGGUUUAAUGUUUACAGGUAAAGCUCAUUUCUUAGUUGCAUUUUUAUAUUUUUAGUAUCACCUUCAUAUAAAAACCAAAUAAUGUGCUUAAAAUAGCCAAAGAAUAGUUAAAUGCAAAAUUUGUAUUAAAUGUGUUACCAUAUUUCUCAUCCUUUCUAAAAAAUACUGUUUACUGUGUCAACCGUGGUGGUUUGUUACAAACCCAGAGCCUGUAGGUGCAGUGCCAUAGGUAGAAGUGACCGCAGAAGCAGCCCAGGUCUGGUCUGAACACUGCCAGGCACGGCACCCACCGUGCUGGGCGGGGCCUGGUGGAAGUGGGAAGCGGCUCAGCUCUAGCUUCAAGCAUGUACAAGCGCAUGAAUGGGCUGGUGAGCAGUGCCAAGGAGGGUGAGCACAAGAAGUCGAAACGGAAGGCUGGGUCUGGGGACACUGGGGAUUAAGCCCCGGAACUUUUCAGUGAGCUACAUGCUUGCUCCUUUGUCCCUUUCUGUUUCUUAUUUUGAGACAGGGUCUUGCUGGGUUAUGGAGUUGCCCAAGCUGAGGUGGAAUUUGCAGUCAUCCUGCCUUAGCCUCCCAGAGUGCUGAGAUUGUAGGCAUAGGACUAUUCUUGGUCCCAGGGCAUUCACAAAGAUGGAGUGCGUCAAGACUUUAUUUCUGUGUUUCAUCCCUGUACUGGCAUAUUAUUCAGAAAAUGGUCUCACACAGAAUUAAACCUGUUUCUUAAUAUGGUAUUUUGGUGAUAGCUGUAAGUAUGUGUUGUGACCUUUCUUAGAUACAACAGAUGCUCUGUGGGUCUUGUAACAGUGCUUUUGAGCAUGGGCCCACAUUUGCUGGGGAGUAGCAUGGAAAGCACCAGCUCGAGGUGCCAAGGACAGCAGCAAACCCAGCUUUCAAAGUCCCCGCCACCGCUUUGUAGAGCCAUUCACAGGUGAGGGCGUCUGCCUGCGUCUCAAGUGUCCUCUGCGUUGCAGGUGUGGAGCUUGUUUUGUCACCUGCUGUGGGCUCCUGAUUUUUUCCCAGUCAAACAAGCACCACGGAGUCCACCUUACGUCACGCAAGACUGUGGUGAGCUCUGGAGAGCGCAUGCCCAGAAAGGCCUGCGUGAGGCUUUGCAGUGUGCCACUGGCUUGUGCCUAGAGCGGUUCCACGCUGACUGCGCCAGCCGAGAAUCUUCAUCUGAAAAGAGAAUGGAGCAUGGCUGUGGAGGAGACAGGACACGUAGGACACUGCAUGCAUGUGUCUGAAGUGGACCUCGCCUCCCGGAUUCAAGGUGGCAUCAGCGUGGGCCAGUGUUUUCAGGAACUUUCCUCAAGACAUACAGCUGAAUGUGAAAGGUACUUCAUGAAAGUAUGGUUUCCCAUGGCUAUUUGAACAUCACUUCUGUGAAGUCCCACAGGCAUCAGAGCUUCAGAAAGCGCCAGGCCUUCUCCACCUAGUGACAAGGCUUGCACCAUCCUGCAGCUCUGCCUGAAGGCUGUCUGUGAGACCAGACUCCCCCUGCCGCCCAGCCUUCCCCACUCCAUCUAGAGCCUCACCUUUGGCAGAAAGUUCCCUGGGGCAUCCUCCGAGGGAGCCAUGAGGAUCCUUCUGAGAGGCAAGGAUGUCACAUGUCCCUAGAAAUCCCCAGCACAGAACCCCAGCUCAUGCCGUCUCAUCAAACUUAACAUAAAACUGUAUUACAAGUGAAAACUUACAUGGCAUUCAUUUUAUUUUAUAUGUGUAAUGCUGAAGUUAUUCCAUAUAAAUACCAAGUUACACUCAAUUCAUUUUGAUUACAAGCUAUUUGACAGUCUUUUAAAAAAUCUUAUAUGGUAAAUAUAUGUUAAGGUUAAUAUGUCAAAUUUAUUGCAUACUUUAAAGUAUAAA